CCGAAGGCAACGCGUUCGGCACCAACAGGCCGCGCGCAGGCAUUCAAAAAAACAAGAGAAAGCGCCGAAUUCUCCAGGAGCAAUAUAAAAAUAGCGGCGUGUGGAGCAAUUUCGGCGAGCCACGAGGUUUCGCUUCGGAAGCGGUGGGACCGUUCAACGCGGAUCAAACGAUCGAUCGCGCGUCAUGUCGGCGGAACGCAGCAGGGUACGCUAGUGCCACGAGACAUCUUUUCCCCCGGCCACGUCCGUGGAAUUUUCGAGGGCCGCACCGCGCAUAUGGCGAGCGUAAACAAAUCAACGACCUGGGAAUCCCCUCGCCGACCAUUUCAGCGAAUCCCACGCGAUUCGCGUAGAGGAUCGAACGCUAGGGCGUGUGGUUACCAAGGAGAAACAUACAGCGUGUGGCCAGCGCCAGUACGCCGAAACAGUUGGGUUUCUAGGGGAAGUACAGUUAGACCGGUGCUUUCCUCUGAGAAGAUCAGCACCAAAUAAUGAUUGGGCGUGGUUGUGGCUGAGAAAACCGAGCGAAUCGGCUGGACGAUUUUUCUAGAUCUCUCAGGGUACAGGUGCUAGGGGACCUCCAUCGAAGUCAAAGGGGAACGAGCGAGUUGGAUCACGGAAGUUUUUCGUUUCACCGGAUUUUACUCACCGUCGAGAAACUUCUCCUCGUAGUAGACCUCCGCGGUGACGAGCGUGACCGCAAGCAGAAGCAGAAGCGAGCAGAAGGACUGCAUUUUGUGACGCCGGGACGACGAGAGUCCGCACGACGAUGAUCCCCUUUCUCUGCAAUGAACAAGCCGAUAAUGCCCGAGUCGCGGACGUGGUUGGCGAGUUAGCAGCCGCCGGGGUAGACAGAUGGAGGGCGGCGAUUGGCUGCCGCGCGACGGCCAAUCGCCGCCGACCACGCUCGACCAACCAGCCGGCGCGCCGUGGCAGCCUCAGACAUGCCGCGCCGCACAUAACCUCACGUCACCUGUUAUCCUUAUUUUAUCUGUUGUCGAUACGGAAGGAGAUAGAAGUGGCGACGCAGUGGAACGAUCCUAUUGGUUGGCCGAUUGGACGAUGCUUUUGGAGCGAUAUUCAAAUGUUCGGUGACGAAGGAUAGCUUGUCUGGAAUCAUUUUUGUUUAACGCUCGCUACCAGCGUUUAUUUCGUUUAUUUCUAGAGAAAUGAAGAUUGAAGGUGGCGUACAGUCGUGAGAAGUAGAAUUAAAUUGUAACAUGAUGGUUCAAGCAGAUUCGUUCCUUUUAAACGACGGCAGUUUGUCAGAGAAGCACGUUUCAACGAACACCUACGGCAGCGUAUUGGCUUCCGAACCGUAUUGUGUACGACUUGUCCCCUUGGCAACGGCUACCAACAUACACGUUCCGGUCGAAACUGAAUGAAAAUCCACAAGUGAAGCCAGUGAAACUGUCGACCCCGAGCAGUUAGCCUCUGGAGACGCUGCCAAGAUUAAAAAGGACGCAAAAUGAUGCGCUCAAAGGCGGCUGCUGCGCUGAUGCGACUCAAGGAGAUUGACAGGAAGUACAACAUUAAACGUAACGAAGGUACUCGGGCUCAGAGCAAUGUCAGCACUGACACGUCGCUAGAAGGGACGUUGAUGGACCUUCCAGUUAAGGCCAGAAUGGCACCUAAAAAUGUUGAAGCUCCUGAUGUCGGCGAUAUCGAGAAUGGUCACAGGCCUAAGGUAGUUGUUUCUCCAAAAUCUACGCAACGAAAAGAGGACGAAAGCGAGUAUGAAGAAGAUCAUCAUGCUCAGAUUAUUAAAAUUGAUAUAUCAAAGAAAUCCCCUAGGAUCACUGUCGAUCAUUCCUCUUCUAAAGCCAGUACAGAUGUCUCAGUGAACGAAGAGAUUGUCCCAAUCAAUUCAGAGUCUCUCAACAGACCCUUGGAUCCAGUAACACCCCGAAGCACAACUAGUUCCAAGUCUAAGACCAGGGAUGAAAUAAGAACAUUAGAAUCCAUGGGCCACCAAGAAAACGUUGAUGAAUCCUCAGUAGUUACUAGCCUCACCAAGCCAUCGGAAGCUUCUGAAAUAAUUUCAGAAGUGGUCAGAUCGAUACGAGACUCUUCCACCAUCAAAAGCGAGAAGAAAGUAACCGAAAGCGCAGAAAGAGCAACAGAGGACAGUGUCAAGGAACUCGAAAAUGACAACGACCAAGGUUCGAUAGAGGAAGUGAUCAGGAUUAGCGGGGAGAGGAGCGAAGUAAUAUCUGAACAGUCUCAGACGCAAGAAAGAACUGGUACUGUCUCAAAUACUUCUUCUAAAGAGAAGAAGCAUAGAGUCGAGUACGAGAGCGACACUUUUGAGCAAGCUUCUACUUCCUCAGCAUCUUCCAGUAAUGUUGAGGAACGUUUGAGAGAAAAUUUUGAAGAGAUAUCCGAAGACACCGUCAGAUCUGGGGUGAAACAAAUCAUGAUUAGGCUGCAUGGUCAAUCGAAGAGUAACCAGAAGAGCGAGGCUGAAGAAAGUCCUGUAGACGUUUCAGAGAAGGAUAAAAAGAUCAUCGAGCUGGUCCCGCCAAAAAUAGUGAAGAGCACGAGUGAAUGUGACAUCGACCUCGACGAGGAGCUAUCGAAUUACGUGAGGACGACCGAGAACGGCGAGGAGAUAGCGCCGGUGAGCCUCCUCAAGUUGUCGAAGCAAACAACACCGAGGAAGCAUCCUCACAGAAACAAGAGACACCGGAAGCAGAACGAAAACACUGGCAGCACGCAGAAGAGGAUGGAAUCGUCCUCUGAGGUGUCUGAUGAUCACGAGAGAUUAACGAGGCGAAAGGAAAACAGAAAGGAGGAACAAGUGACGGAGGAAAAUAACACUGCUACAAUGAACACCGUGGAUGAAGCUAAGGAUGAAGCUAAGGAUGAGAAGCUUUUGGAAGAGCAAAGUAGAACUGAGGAUAAGGAAGCAAAGGAUCAGGUUCUAGUCGAAGAUCUAGGGAGCACAUCCAGUGAGAAGCUUCUGAGGGAAAUUCCCGAAACAUCAGACGUCACCUGGACACUUAGAAGUCUAAAUAGGGACGCGAUAGAUGCUAUUGCCAGGCGACACAAGUUUCAUACUAGAGAAACUAAGGACUGUAGGAAGAGUGGGACAGUUAAGAUUGAGCUACCUACAGCUAGGAUUGAGACGUCUGAGUUGAGCGAAGGUGGUAGCAGGAUCCAGUCCUUAGACAAUCUGAAGGAAGUUGGUCAGGAUCAGAAGAGGCGAAGAAGUGUGAGAAGGUCCUCGAAAUCGUCAAAAAUCAAGAAAUCGCUGAAUCGCUCGAAAAUAGAAGAGAAGCAGUCGCGGAUCGACUGUAAGAACGCACGUAGACUGCGGAAGCAGGCUGUCGCCGCGCUCAGACAGCGACAGGAACGCGAGGACAUCCGGAACUACUUGUUGGAACUGGAGCAUACUCGACUAGAAUACGGGAUUGGUGAUCCAGCAACAACUUCCAAGUUGACUGACUUCAAGCCGCUUGAAUUCCCAAAAAUUGCAGCUUUUGUUAAAGAAGAUCCGGAAGAAACGAACUUGAUGUCUAAGGACGAACUAACUCGUUUUCAUGAAAGGAUAUCGUCGAUCAGGCAGUGGCUGAAGGAUCAAUAUAUACUGUACAGAGACUACAGCAGUUUGGCGAAGACGAUAAAUGCGAAAUAUGUUCCUGCCAGUCUCGAGGAUGCCAAAAGGACUAUUCGCCAGCUACAGAAAGCGACAAUUAAAACCAGGUGA